AUGGAUAUCAACACGGGAAAAAUCAUAGAUUUUAAAUUAGUUCAAAAGGGCCAAUUUAAAGGGGAUUUAGAAAGGCAAGCCUGUGAACAAUUACUAAUGGAUUUAACUAAUAGUAGUAAUUGUAAAAUCGAGUUGUUUUUAACAGAUAGACAUAAAGGUAUACGUGCAUUUAUCCGUACACAGCAUCCAAAUAUUAAACAUGAAUUCGAUAUUUGGCAUUUAAGUAAGAGUUUAAUGAAAAGAUUAAAACCUCUCGAAAAGAAAUACCCUGAUGCUUUUUUAUGGAAAUCGUCAAUUAACAAUCAUCUUUGGUGGUCAGCACAGACAUGUGAAGGAGAUGAAGAAAAACUCAUUGAUAAAUUUACAUCUAUAUUAAAACACAUAUCAAAUGAGCAUGAGUGGGAAGAUAAUGGUGUAAAAAAGAGAUGCGAGCAUGAAAAAUUAAAUGAAAAUGAAAUACGAAAUAAACUGUGGAUAGACCCAGAAAGCGAAUCAUAUUACGCUUUGAAAAAAAUUAUCAUGGCAAAAGACUUUUUAAAGGAUUUGACACAUGCUACUCAUUUUGUACAUAUUGGUAGAUUAGAGUCGUAUCACAAUUUACGAAAAUUUAAUCUAAGACGGGUGUCCAAUGAUACAUAA